AUGCUGGUUACCUUGGGUUUGGGCAGCUCUAUUGGUGCAACAGAAUCAUUCUUGACAGCAGUCUGUGAUGAAAUAACUAUAUUCAAUAUUAACAAAAAGAAGUAUUUUAGAGAAGGACUAACAUUUGGCUUUCUAUCGAUUUCAUUUCUACUUUCAAUUCCAAACGCUUGUCAGGGAGGAUAUUAUCUAGUGCAGUACCUGGACCAGUACACAUGUGGUACCUCUCUUUUAGUGGUUUCUUUAUUCCAAUGUUUCGCUAUUGUUUAUGUGUAUGGUAUAUACAAUCUAUCGGUAAAUCUUCAAAGGCAAACUGGUCAAAAGAUUUACUUCACAACACGAUUUAUCUUAAAAUUCUGUGUACCUUUAUUGAUCCUCUUUAUGCUGGUGUUCAAUUUCAUCACUGCAGACAUUUUAGAAACCAGUGUAGGCGGUCAUGUCUACACAUUCCCAAGAUGGUCUUUGACGACUAGUUGGUUCGUCCUUCUUGCUGGUCUUUUACCAAUCCCCAUAAACAUGAUAUGCCAAUACUGUUUUGUGCGGAAACGUGCAAAACAAGAACAAGAACAAGUCCUGAAAGAAGGAGUGUGUCCUCGAUUAAAAUGGAAACAUUGGUUGAAAAUAUAG